AUGCCUCAAGCUACAGUGGACGAUGUAGCGACAGGGCUCCGGCAACUCCAGUCACGGGGGCCCGCUUCAUCCGCGAUCCGUGCCAUGCCCCUCUAUCCUCUCGUUAUCUCAUCCAUCACCAUCUCCUUUCCUUUACGGCUUCCAGCUUCGUUGCUCUUUUUCUCUUCGUCCUUCAACUUUCUUAUCUACUUGACUCAGGGCCUAAGCGCUCCAUUUCCAUCUGCACCAAGCACGUGCCAAGUAGCCCACUGCAGCGACACCUCUCGGCCUCCAUCGAUUCUCCUGCUUGCCUCGCGGGCGCCCUGUGCCAAGGUGAUGCUUCUUCUCCACCAGGUUGGCAGCGUCAAGAUUGGCGAGGUCAUCCGCUACACCGUCACCUAUACCCCGUCUCAGGAUCGUAUCCUGCCCUCCCCCGAGAAGCUCUACGUCCGUUUCCGCAACACCUCGGCCAUUGCCCUGCGCGCCGCCUUCGUUCACGGCCCAUACACCCUCUCCGUCGCCGCCUAUCCCGCCAAAUUCAAGCCCAACGAAAAGUUCUCCGACCCCCAGCGAUAUGGCGUUCCAGAGUUUCAACCCCUGGUCAAAGCCGGCGGCUCCUGGGAGUGCGAACUCAUCGUCCCCGACGAUAUAAGACAGUCGGCCGGCAUCGGUGGAAAUGGCAGCACUUUCGGCAAGGAUGCCGCCCACAAUGCAGAAUGCGCCAGCUGGGUAAUUGAGAUUGCCUCUCAGGUCAUCUUCUCGACCUCCGCCGCCGUUUCCUACGAUCUGGUAGUCGGACGCGAUCAAAAGGCUCUUAGCCUCAGCCAACCCUCAGGCUCGUCCGCCGAAGGUCACCACAACAUGCAGCCUGGCAAGUUGAGCGACCACCAGCAGAGUAUCGGCGCCAAGGAUGGUCACCACCGAGCGCAGCCUCAUGGUAUAUUUUCCCGCGCUGUAAAGCUCAAGGUCGAAGACACUGCGACACUGUGGAACACGCCUCGACUGCCGGGAUGGGACGAUCGGGGCGAGAAGCGCGCCCAAGAGAACAAAGGCGCCGACAAGCCCGUGGAAAGCAUGGCCAAGACUGGCGACCCUGAGACCGUCGAUGACAAACCCAUGCGCAAGCAGAAAAAAGUUCAUCUAGUCUUGCUCACGCAUGGCUUACACAGCAAUCUCGGCGCAGAUAUGCUGUACAUGAAAGAAUCCAUCGACGCAGCCGCAAAACAAGCAAAAAUAGACGCCAAGGCCAGAAGGCAAAAGGAAAGAGCUGAGGCUGGGCGGCCUUUUGAUUCGGCCGAGGACGAUGAUGACGAAGAAGUUGUCGUUCGUGGAUACUCUGGUAACGCGACAAAAACAGAAAAGGGGAUCAAAUACCUCGGGAAACGGCUCGCCCGAUAUGUUCUAUCAAUAACCUACCCCGACCAACCAUUCAUCCCCCUUGGCAAAUCCCACGGCGAGGCGCUGAUUAAGAGCUUUGAUAACGAGGACUUGCUCAAACAACACAUAUUCAGGCAAGCACAUAAGAACAGCAAGAUAUCGGAAGACACGACAGUGCGCGGAAAAGAUUCUGUUCGACCUUACACAAUAUCAAGUAUCAGUUUUAUCGGACAUUCACUAGGUGGCCUCGUCCAAACUUAUGCUGUCGCAUAUAUUCAGAAGCACUCGCCGCAGUUCUUCGACCUUAUUCGCCCAGUCAACUUCAUUGCCCUAGCAUCCCCAUUCCUUGGCUUGAGCAACGAAAACCCUGUCUAUGUCAAGUUUGCACUGGACUUCGGUCUCGUGGGACGAACAGGCAAGGAUUUGGGCUUGACUUGGCGAGCUCCCACAAUUGCUCGAAACGGUUGGGGUGCCAUUGUCGGCAACCUGGGCGAGUCGGCCCACAAGACCGUCUAUGGCGAUAGCCAACCUGACUCAAAGCCAUUGCUGCGUAUCCUGCCUACUGGUCCUGCACACACAGCGCUGAAGAAAUUCAGAAACAGAACUACAUAUUCAAACGUUGUCAAUGAUGGCAUCGUUCCACUGAGGACAAGUUGCCUUUUGUUCUUGGACUGGCAAGGCUUAGGGCGCGUCGAAAAGGCGCGUCGAGAUGCGGGCCUCGUCGAGACUGUGGUUGGCUUUGGCUGGGCGGAACUAACGGGUGCGAGCAUGUCCACUACCAAAAUAAAGCACCAGCUCGCCGUUGAGACUGGCCAAGAUUCUGGCACUACUACACCUCGAGAGAAUGCGCAGCAGGUGCCACAGCCGGACAACGAUACCAUGGAGGAGGACGACAGAGCCAGUCUGCGGUCUGUGCCGACGCCGUUUAGUGAAGGCAGUCAACCUCAGGCUUCUCCCAGCGCGUCAUCUAUACAAAAUCCAUUAUCAAGCUUCUUCAACCUUUUUAAAAGCAGCGAGCCCCCCAAGCCGGAUAUCAUGACCAAGAAGCAAAAGAAGAUGAUACGACGUGCGCAGACCGUUCAGCUUGAUUCGCAGCCCGAGACACCAAGCUCUAGCACAUCGGAUGUAAGCAAGUCUACAAAGGUAACGGCCGGUCACGAGCUCGAAGCAGGCGAUGCUGGUGGAUUCAUGGCGCCUCCCAAGACAACAUUUUUUGAGUCGGCAGGUGAUCUUUUGAAUCCCCAAAUGCCAGACGUCGACUUCUUGGUCGAUCCGUCAAAGCGGCCAAGAACAAUCUUCCAUGACAGGGUGUAUCAGCCCUCCGACAUUCCACCUCCGCCUCUCAAACGUCGCAAUACCUCUUCCCUUAUGCGUAAGAAGUUUAAGUCGUCUCAGUCGCCCAAGCCGACGGAGAGCGGUUCGUCUUCGCCGUACCCGACAGUUGAUCACCAAGAUUCAUUGGCGUCUGCCAAAGACUACGAUGACACCGUACAUACAAGCCCAGAUAAACACCCAGAUGAAGUUGUCGACGGCUCCGGGAUGCGAGUCGAGGAAAAAAUUGCGCGUGGCUAUCACAGGGACCUCGCCUGGCGCAAGGUCCUUGUUAAGCUCGAGCCUGACGCGCACAACAAUAUUAUUGUGCGCCGCAUGUUUGCAAACGCGUAUGGAUGGCCCGUCAUCCAUCACUUGGUUGACGUGCACUUUAGCGACUCGGUCAUUGCGCGCAUGGCGACGCAAGACGAGAAUCUCGGCGAGCGCGCACUGGAGGCGAACCAGCCCCCGGACGCGCACGGCUGCGAGACGAAGCAGCUGAGCGAAGAGCUCAAAGCUACGCUGGUCAUCAGCGAUGAUGAUGCCGGCGACGGCACCGAGUCGCGCGACACUGUCAAGGCGCUACCCCCGCCUAAGAGCCUCGACAGCGACGGCCACUUGGCCUCGCCUGUCAAUGGUGGCGACGGCGGCGCGGCCUCGAUGACGUGGAGCGACCGCGACUGGGUCGACAGCGACGACAACAGCGACGCGGAAGCUUCCACCGCGGGUAAGCACGAGGGUGCAGCCGGCAAGAGCGACGGCACGCUGAAGCCGUCGUCGUGGACAUGGGCGGAGAAGAUUGUGGGCAAGGGCGCCGCGUCGGGCAGAAAGAGUCCGGUGCCUGAGCAAAAGCAGAAACAAGCAUAG